AUGGCUGCCGAAGGAUUAGAAAAAUUAACUGAAAUUCCUGUUGAAUUCUUCAAAGAUGGAAGUGCAUUUGUUAAGAAAUGUCAAAAACCAGAUGAAAAAGAAUACUUGAAGAUUAUUAGAGCCGUAGGUAUUGGUUUCAUUAUGAUGGGUGUUGUUGGCUAUGCCGUUAAAUUGGUUCAUAUUCCAAUCAGAUACUUGAUUGUUUAG